AUGGAUACUGAGAUGGUGGAUAGACAUAAGGAACAGGAAAUUGUUUUAGAGAAAAGGAUUCAUAUAAACAGUGUCGAUGAUAUCGUAUGUCACUGCAUGUUGGAGUACUAUUCAACACCUCCAGAAUCUGAGCAACCUGAUUUUGAAGAAGACCAGAAAGGAAUCAACCAACCACGUGAAGAUUGGCUUCCGAUCACCGAAUCAAGAAAAGGAAAUUCAUGGACUGCAACAUUCCAUUUGCUUUCCUCUGGAAUCGGAAUUCAAACACUCUCUCUACCUCUCGCCUUCAUGUACAUGGGCUGGUUUUGGGGGAUUUUGUGUUUGUCUGUGGCUUUUGUAUGGCAGUUCUACACCAUUUUAUUGUUGGUGGAUCUUCAUGAAUCUACUUCCAGUACACGUUACAGCCGAUAUCUUCAACUUUCAGUGGCUGCCUUUGGUGUUAAAUUAGGGAAAGUUUUAGCCAUUUUCCCAGUCAUGUAUCUUUCAGGAGGAUCAUGCGUCAUGUUCAUAAUCACAGGGGGUGGAACCAUGAAACUAUUCUAUCAACUCUUGUGUGAAGAUUGCUCUUCCAAAUACCCCUUGACGACAACAGAAUUGUUCUUGGUUUUCAUUUGUUUGGCAAUUCUUGUGUCCCUCUUUUGCCCAAAUUUGAAUUCUUUAGCAUUUGUCUCAUUCAUUGGAUCGAUCAUGGCUGUUGGAUAUUGUACAGUCUUAUGGCUAGUUUUCGUUGCUAAAGGAAGGGUAGACGGUGUUAUUUAUGACCAGUCAAAAGUUGCCGAAUCAGAAACUGCUCGAAUAAGAAAUAUCAUGAAUGCACUUGGGAUCAUAUUCCUAGCGUUUAGAGGCCAUAAUGUUGUGUUAGAGAUACAGGGUACAAUGCCAUCGACCCCAAAUCGCUCAUCAUCAAAGUUCAUGUUGAAAGGAGUGGUAGCUUCAUAUCUCAUUAUUGCAAUGUGUUUGUUCCCUCUUACAGCUGCUGGAUAUUGGGCCCUCGGAAACAAGAUUCCGGCCAAUGGAGGACUACUAACAGCAGUUUUAACCACCCUUCACCACCAUACAUUAAAACCAGUGGUGGGUCUCUUAUACGUGCAAGUUGUCAUAAGUUGUGUGGCUGCUUUUCAAAUCUACGGGAUGGUUGUAUAUGACAACUUGGAGCGUGCAUAUGCAAGUAGAAAAAGCCAAAAAUGCCCAAAGUUAACGCGUAUAGGAAUCCGGAUAUUUUUUGGAGGUUUGACCUUCUUUAUAUCAGUUGCGUUCCCAUUUCUGCCGAGUCUAGGACUACUUAUAGGAGGUAUUGCUCUCCCUGUCACGUAUGGAUACCCAUGUCUCAUGUGGAUUGCGAUAAAGAGACCACCAACAAAAUUCGCAAUGUGGUGGCUUAACCUUGGGCUUGGUUGUUUAGGCGUAGGAUUGAGUGUGUUGUUAGUCAUUUGUGCAGUGUGGAACUUAGCUUGUAUAGGUUUAGAUGCCAACUUUUUCCACCCAUAUUAA